AUGUGUGGUAACAACAUGUCUGUCCCCCUCCUCGCCGACGCAGUGACGGUCUCAGGGGCAGAGCGGGAGACUGCCGCGGUCAUUUUUUUACAUGGCCUUGGAGACACGGGGCACAGCUGGGCUGAUGCUCUCUCCUCCAUCCGCCUCCCCUACGUGAAGUACAUUUGCCCUCACGCGCCGCGGAUCCCGGUGACCCUCAACAUGAAGAUGGUCAUGCCCUCCUGGUUUGACCUGAUGGGAUUGACCCCAGAUGCACCUGAGGAUGAAGCUGGAAUCAAGAAAGCUGCAGAAAACAUUAAAGCAAUUAUUGAGCAUGAGAUGAAGAAUGGGAUCCCCCCCAACCGCAUCAUCCUGGGGGGCUUCUCACAG